CAUAAGACUUUUAGGGGUCACUGUACGUCCAUGUAUCCAUGUGUCUUGUCCAAUUCAGCAAGUAGAUGGCGUCUUCCCACAACACAGGCGCCUCAUCCCUCCAGAAGAUAGCUGAGUCACAUCUCCACGCGCGCUCAUUGAAGACACUCACGAGGCUGUAUUUCGCGGGGUCUCGCGCUCAAACAAGAUGCUGACGAUCACUCUAAAGACACUCCAGCAGCAGACUUUCAAAGUGCAGGUCGACGAGGAGCUGACGGUAAAGGCUCUAAAAGAGAAGAUCGAGGAAGAAAAGGGGCAAGAUGCUUUUCCAGCUGUCGGUCAAAAGCUAAUCUAUGCAGGCAAAAUUUUGAAUGACGAUAUACCUCUAAAAGAAUACAAGAUAGAUGAGAAGAACUUUGUCGUGGUGAUGGUUACAAAGCCCAAAUCUGCAGCACCUCCACAAGCUCCUGCUCCAGUGCCGGCAGCUGCCACUACCGUUAGCGCAACUGUCGACGAAACCCCUGCACAUCAGCCCUCAACUCCUGCUGCGCCUCCUGCUGUCUCCACAGUGCCUGUAUCGACCUCCACUCCUGCUCCUGCUCCCAUAGAACCAGCGGCAUCAGUGGAGCCACCCGUGCCGCCCAUCACAGCGCCCCCUGCUGCCUCGGAGGUUGCGGCAGAAAAGCCUGAGUCUGUUAGCGUGACUCCCACGCCGAUCUCAGAAGAAGAGAAACAGGAAGCCCAAGAGGAGCAGGCCAUUGCGCAACCAGAGGCCAGCAUUACAGAUGAAUUUGGUAUUUUAGAAGCAGCUGCGUCCAUACUAGUUACAGGUCAAGCGUAUGAGAAUUUGGUGACGGAAAUCAUGUCAAUGGGUUACGAGAGAGAACAGGUGAUUUCCGCCUUACGAGCAAGUUUCAACAAUCCGGACAGAGCCGUGGAGUAUCUGCUUAUGGGUAUUCCCACAGAACCCGAACAGCCACCACAGGAAGUAGUGCAGCCCACGCCAGUGUCCAACCCCACCCCUCCAGCACCACAGCGACCUCAGCCACCACCUGCCACAGCCGGUGUGGAGUCGGGAGCGACGCAGUCCUUGGCGAACCCGCUGGAGUUCCUGAGGAACCAGCCACAGUUCCAGCAGAUGCGUCAGAUCAUCCAGCAGAACCCCGCACUGCUGCCCGCGCUCCUGCAGCAACUCGGCCGCGACAACCCGCAGCUCCUGCAGCAAAUCACGCAGCAUCAGGAGCGAUUCGUGCAGAUGUUGAACGAGCCACACGCAGGUGAAGCCGGAGCUGCUGAAGCUCCCAGCGCACCACAGACCAACUACAUCCAGGUCACGCCGCAGGAGAAGGAGGCCAUCGAGAGGUUAAAAGCUCUGGGGUUUCCAGAGGGACUCGUCAUCCAAGCCUACUUCGCCUGCGAGAAGAACGAAAACCUCGCUGCAAACUUCCUGCUCCAGCAGACCUUUGACGAUGAGUGAACGUUAACCGUUUAGACGCGACGACACUCGGAGAAUGGCAACGGAGAGAAUGCAAGCGCUAGGCCGCAUGUUGCGUGCGUGUGUGUGUGCGUUAAAGUGAAUUGGACGUCGACUGGUCUUCCAUGAUGAUUUUCAUGGAGUUUAAGCUGAAGCCAUGAUGUGACGUUAUUAUCAGCACAGCAAUUUAUUUUUUAUUUUUUGGUAGAUAUAGUCAAUCCCUUACGAUGAGGUGUCCGUUGUCUGUCUGGUUUCUGCUGCUAUCUUUGCUGUGUGCGUCGAGUGAGGUUUUAUUUAUCACAGUUAAACCCUGCCAAAAAAACACUCAAGAUCAUCGCUCAUUUCUUACAAUUGUUUUUCGGUAUUAAUAAUGAGACGUUUCAGAUGAAGUAGAUGCCAAAUUUAAUUUGUUACCAAUGAAAACAAGCCUUUGAUGGAUAGACAUCAAAACAUUCAAAACGUCGUACCAUUUUUGUUGCAUUUUCUCCAUUCGAAUAUUGGGAAUAUUUCAAAUUAAAUACAGUGUCUACUUAUGGCAUGUAAAAUCAUAUUUAGUGUUUACUUUUCUUUCAUUAUUAGCCUCUACUGUGUGAAAUACAACUUUUAUGCAGUGGAUGUCACCAAACUACUUUUCAACUCAUCUGUUCCCCUAAAUCAAACCAUUAAUAUUAAAAAUAAACCACAUUUUUCUGCACUGCAUGGGUAUGUUAGUAUCUUUAAACCCAUGUUUAAAAUAAGAACUGUCGAUAACGUCUACAAUCAUGACUUUUUGAUUUAAAGAAAAACAGCAUUGAUAGUUGAUAUGUGAUAAUAUAGUUGGCUCAUCAACUAGAUGUUAUUUUCAAGUUUAUUUCUGUUUCUGAUGGGCCUUAACCAAAAAGAUAAUGGUAGUCAUUGCUUUCCACAGUAUAGGGGAAUAAAAUGCAAUGAAAGUCAAUGUCUACGGUCAGCUGUAACCAAAAAGGUGAUGGUAGCCAUUGGCUUAUACAUAGUGUUUUUCUCCAUACUAUGGAAGUCAGUGGCUACCGUCAACUAUUUGGUUACAGCUGACUGUAGUAUAUUAUAGUUUCCAUAGUAUAAUAUUGAGGAAAAAUACUGUGGAAUCCAGUGGCUACCGUCAUCUGUAACUAAACAGUUGACGAUAGCCAUUGACUUCCGUGGUGUUUUAUUUUCCGUACUAUGGAAGGCAAUAGCUAGCAUCAGCUGUAACCAAACAGGUGAUGGUAGCCAUUGACUUCCAUAGUGUUUUUUUCCAUACUAUGGAGGGAAAAGGCUACUAUCAACUGUAACUAAAAAGGUGACAGUAGCCAUUGGCAUCCAUAGUAUUUUUUCCAUACUAUAGAGCGCAAUGGCUAGUUGACGGUAGCCACUGACUUCCAAAGUAUUUUUCUCCAUACUAUGGAAGUCAAUAGCUACCGUCAACUGUAACCAAACAGUUAACAAUAGACAUUACCUUCCUUAGUAUGGGGGAAAAAAACACUAUAGAACUCAAUGGCUACUGACAACUGUUUGGUUACCAACAUUCUUUUUUUUUAUUUCAUUCUUAAUUUUAAUUUUUUGUUGAAAUAUCCCUUUAUUAACUCUAAAGUUCUCAGUAGAAUCAGUUCAGUAUGCAGUAGAAACUGAAUGAUCGGUGGUUUUGAAUGGAGCCCGAAAUGCUGCAACAAUCGUAGGUAAUUUAUGUGGUGACUGAAUGUGGUCGAGUGUCUCAGCGGGUCUCGAAAACCUCCUAAAAAUAUGCAUUGUAAUUUGAAUAUUUGUACAUACCGGUAUUCAAGUGAAGGAAAAAAAAACAGUGUUGUCUUGGACUCUGUUGCAUACUUAAGACAGUGCCAAACAUAAUUAGAAACUGGAAAUGAAUGAAAUUACAGAGCUAGCUGCAAUGCUUGAAAUGGAUGCAGAAUGCAUAUAUUUUUUAUAUAAAUGAUGUGUCCUGUUGCUAUAGUGUAGUUUUUGAGCGAAAAAUGCUGGAAGGGUAUUUUUAUCGAGUACGAUAAAAAAUCUAUAGGUGUUCUGACAGGUACAGGGAAGACUAAGCAUCCUGUUUACAAUAGGUGAUACAGUUUUGGUUCAUUUCAGCAUUUUAUAUUCAUUUUUCUUCUUGAGGGAUUUGAUGUGUGGAGAAAGUGAACAUGGAGGUGUUUGGUCUUAAAUGCAACAGCACACAAGGGUUUGCUGAGUGAUUAAUGAAUGUAUUGUUUCAGUGGUGUGUGAAUAAAAUUGCUUUUAAAAAGCUUCAA